CCGAGGAGUCAGCAACGUCUAUCGAUCACCGCCCAUAAAUACCGGCACCUAGCAAUUUAUUUUGUUUUCGGCCGACAUAAAAAACAAUAAUAAUAAGAGAGAAAAAAACGAUAAAGGAGCAGAGAGGCAAUGGAGAAGGAAUCAGCAGAGAAGAGGAGAGUUUGUGUGACGGGCGCAGGAGGCUUCAUCGCUUCAUGGCUCGUCAAGCUCCUCCUCUCCAAAGGCUACAUGGUUCAUGGAACUGUCAGAGACCCAAGUGAUGAAAAGAAUGCUCACUUGAAGAAUCUGGAUGGAGCCUUAGAAAACCUGCAACUGUUUAAGGCAGACUUGCUCGACUACAAUGCAGUGGCUGCUGCUAUUGCAGGCUGUGAAGGGGUUUUCCACGUCGCUAGUCCUGUUCCUCCGACCAAAGUGCUCAAUCCCGAGGUAGAAUUACUUGCUCCUGCUGUAGAGGGCACACUGAUCGUGCUUAAAGUGUGUUCUGAGGUUAAAGUCAAAAGGGUUAUUGUGGUUUCCUCGGUUGUUUCUGUUUUAAUGAAUCCAAAGUGGCCCAAAGACAAGGUUAUGGAUGAGGAAUGUUGGUCAGACAGUGAGUAUUGCAGGACAACUGAGAAUUGGUAUUGCCUUUCUAAGACAAUAGCAGAGACUGAGGCUCUAGAGUAUGCAAGAAAACACGAACUUGAUGUCGUGACCGUCUGCCCAUCUAUGGUUCUGGGUCCACUGCUUCAAUCAAAAGUGAAUUCUAGCAGCUUGUUUCUCAUCAACAUACUGAAAGGAAACCCUGAGUCAAUGGAGAACAGGAGCUUGCAUUAUGUGGAUGUGCGAGAUGUAGCUGAUUCGCUGCUUCUGGUAUAUGAGAAGCCUGAAGCAUCUGGACGAUACGUUUGUGCGCCACAUCCACUUAAGAUGCUGGAUUUAGUUAACAUGCUAAAGGAAAAGUUCCCUGUGUAUGAGUACCCAAAGAAAUUCAUAGAGGUAGAAGACAGACCCCUGAUGAGUUCCGAGAAAUUGAAGAGGCUGGGGUGGAAAGUUAGGCCUCUUAAGGAAACCCUUGUUGAUACUGUCGAGUGCUAUGAGAAGGCUGGUCUUUUGAAUACAGGCAUAACUAGUGAUUUAUAUAUAUGAGCUUCAUAGUUGUGGACAUUGGGAGAGUAAUUAAUGUAUAUUCCAAUAACGUACAAUGUGAUUGAAUAUUUGAUCUAUUGUAUAAAUUCUGCAAUAGUGAUCCCUGUGCUGUAAACUGCAGGCAAUGUUAUCCUAGAGUCUGAGAUUUUUAUUUUGC